GUCGAAAGCAAAAAGGCAACAAUCAGAUGCGGGUGGGCGUACCGGUAGCAGCAGGAACCACCGUCGCCGUCGUUCUCCGCCGCAGAAUCCCGGUGAUAGUGGCUGCAUCCGGCAGGAGCUCGAUGGCUUCAAAUUCGGGUUCAGAUUCAUCAUUCACGACAAUCAAAGAAAUCGUAUCCGUGGAGAAAGAGAUAAAGAAGAGCAAGUUCAUAGCAAUCGCUGGUCCAAUCUCCACCGAGCAAUCAGCUCAAAUGUUCCUCUCUCAGGUCCGCGAUCCUCGCGCUUCUCACAAUUGCUGGGCUUAUAAGAUCGGUGAUCAACACCAUCGAUGUAGCGAUGAUGGUGAGCCAUCAGGCACAGCAGGGAAGCCGAUUCAGUCUGCAAUUCUUUCUUCUGGAUUAGACAGAGUUAUGGUUGUUGUCAUUAGGUAUUUUGGGGGAAUCAAACUUGGAACUGGAGGUCUUGUUAGAGCAUAUGGUGGUGUUACGUCUGAUUGCUUGAAAACUGCUCCUAUUUGUCAUGUCAAGUCCAAAGUUCAAAUGGGAGUCGAGGUGACAUUUGAUCUUUUAGGUGUUCUUUACAAUCAGCUGCAAUCUUGUCACGCUGAAGACAUCAAGGAAGACUAUGAUACUGGUAAAGAUGGUACUGCAAUGGUUUCUUUCAAGGUUGAAUUUGACCUGGUUGAUAAAUUAGAGGAUGCUAUCAAAUCAAACUGUAGACGAGACCUUGUCUUUUACAAAAGUUAGGUAAAGCAUUGUCAUGUAAUCGUUGCAGAAUAAAGCUUUUUUUUUUUU